CUGGGGUUCUCUCUCCUUUCUUUUCCUUUCAGAAGACACCUUCUCCGGCGACUUACCAUCCUCGACAAUCACCCGUAACCAUCUCGGGAAAGGCUCCGAAAUUUCCCUUAUUCGCUAAGGACACGUUCGCAUCACCACCAGUGGCUGUUACAGUCACGGAUGUCCCACUCUCCGGAGGUAUGGCUUAAUAGCGCAGUCGCGAAUCGUGGGAUGGGGUCAAGCCGUCGGCUGCGAUGGACUCCGGUAAAUGUCUCCCCUAGCUUGCGUUCUCGGGCUUUUGAAGAUCUCAAUGAUGCCAUUGCGUUGGUUCGGUGAUUUCCGUUUCCUGUCAUUGCCCUCGGCUCAUGGUGUCAGUAAAGGGACACUUAUGGAGCGAGCCGAUGGGUUGAUCUCUGGUCUCCCACCUCACCGUACGACGUCUUGCCAUUUCAACAAGAUCGUGAGCUACUGCAAAGUAGUGAUCGUGCAUUAUGGUUUGGUUACACAAUCAAAGGCUUUCAAGCCCACCAAGACGGCCUGCGCCACCAGCCGAAUAUGGCUGUCGGUGAUGAGAAUAAGCAGGGCCCCUUACCAUGGCCGUUCCAGGUCCUGGGUCCUGGGUGCAUUUCCCGAAUUCGCUAGCAUCCAUGGUCGAUCUCGACUGCUGAUUGGGACCCCUGAUCCGACCAGCAUGAUCAGAGAAAGAUUUCUGAUGGGCAAUUUCCGAUUUUCAGGGACGGGAUCUCAAAAAGCCGCUCUCUCAUCCCACCGUCCCUGUUAUUUGGCUAAUCGAGAAAUCGAUAAGGGGAUGGGAAAAAAGCAUGGUCAUCUCGAAUUGGGCGAGCACCACAGUAACGGUAAAACCCGAAACAAGCCCGUUCCUCAGCCUCGGUUCUCGGAGACUGCCCCAGAACUGGGUACUGUACAAAAGAGCUUGCGACUUGUCGCCCUGUCUUUUCUUGCCCCUGCGUUGCCCCCAUGUUCCUAG